AUGCCUCCCGGAAACCCCGUCAACAAUCAAGGCUACCCGUCAUGGCCGCCUGGUGAUCAGCGGCGUCCCGCAGAUGGUCAACACCACUCCUACAAUGACGGCUACAACUCCUAUGCACAGAUGCAUGGUGGUCAGGGCCACAAUCAUGGCGGAAUGUUCGGUAGCGCCAACCCAAACGAGCUAUCCAUGCUGGAGUCGGGGCCCUACGCGCCCACUCCAGACUGGCCGCCCAAUGGCUCGGGGUACCCUCGAGUUGACGGAUCUCAGUAUGAGAAUGGGGCUCCACCGUUUGUCUCGCUUUCUGAUACAAUGCGGCAGGGUGGCUCUGCGUCUGGAGGAUUGACGCCGCUGGCAACUUCGCCCUCCUUGAUCAAUGCACCGAGCGCGGACCAGAUGUCUGUUGAUCAACUUCGUCAACUUCUGGCACUCAAGACCUGGCAAGCUGAAAACAGCACUACGCACCCGUCGCUGCAGGCAUCUACACCUCUACGCCCACCUGUCAGCGAUUUUGCACCCCCGGCUGCGCCAGAGAUCUUCAAUCCUAUACCGGUACCGCAUGAGCAGGCCAGCGCGCCAUUCGGGAGCCACUCCAUGCACUCGACGCCCACCCCUGGACUUGCUGCGCCUGCUCCUAGUACCAACAUGACUGGUAUGUCGAUACCAGGACCAGAUACGGCUCCGGUCGAAUCCAGCACGGGUCCUGUCCGUAACUCGGCUGCGGCAAAGGCAACAAACCGACAGAUGUACGGCGGGUUGGGUAUCGUCUACACGGGACGCCGGAAAUACCCCCUACCCGACCUGCCACCCACAGAGUCGCGCAAAGUGCCCGUUCAACCUACGGACGUCUGGACGCCCAAUUUCGCUGAGGACCACAACGAGCCGUACAAUGCGAGAUACAUUGAUACUAUGCACAACACCCUGAUCAGUAACGAGGCGCAACAGCCAGCAGACAAUCGUCCAUACACAGACCUCGGACUUGAGCUCGGGAGGAAGCGGUUAAUCAAGGUGUUCUCACAGAUGCGCAAGAACAAGAAGGAACAGGGCAACAAAACUCUUCAGGAUCGGGUGGAGGUGCACAAUAGGGCGAAGAUGCGCGAGCGUCGCAGAUCAAGGCUCGCGGAUACCUUACGCGAUGUGGCUGAUGAAGUCGAACGCGAUCUCAACACGUAUGAGGGCCGUCCUGUCGGCGAACCUCCCGUGAGCGGCCUUCGAGAGCUCAUCAAGACAGACUACGCACCGUCCUGUGCAUCCGACAGUGGCGAUGUCGACCAGAUGGAGUGGGAUAAGCGCAAGACCAUGUAUAUGGCAAAGUACGGUGUCAAGCAGACAAAAGGUGCUUGGGAACUGCGUCCUCCCAGCUGGUAUAGUCCGCAGCUCAAAAAGCUGUACCUCCUACUGAUCAAGAAGGCGCUAGCUCGACGUCAGUUGGAUCCGAAAAAGAAGAACACGGGCCCGACCUUCACGUUCCCCGGAUUCAGCGCGAACAUGUCCAAGCGCCUGCCCGACAAGGCACCCUGGCGCGAGGCCGUCAUAUCUGACUGGUUCGAUGAGCAGACGCGCUUCGCCGAAGAUGUCUUGCCUCAUGUUCCUGCGACGCUGACCGCUCUCCAAGCCAAGAUCCCGGCCAGCUUCUUCGAAGACAUGGACAGGGAGUGGGUAGCCGAUGACGAGUUGACAGAUGGCGAGGGCGUCACGGACGAUGCAGACGGUGAAGGAACGGAGACUUAA